AUGAUCCCCCUUGACUACUCACUUGGUCAGUUGCUGUUGUCGAUAGCAACCUUAAUCAGACAGCAUAUCAACAAGCAAGAAAAACAAUAUAAAUACACGCAACAUCGGAGAUGCAAAGUCCGAUCACGGUUGUUGUUCUGUAAACGCGACUCUAACUUUUGUUUUCUUUCCUUCAGCCUCAGGAUACAACCAGCAUUUCUUCAAUCACUUACAAAACCACCCAUGAAGACAUUAUUGACUCCAAAUGAUGAGGAUGAUGAUGAAGCGGAGACAAAUGCUGGUGUAUUUUUUUGGGUCAACAAACAUGGCUUCCCUCUAGAUAACAAGACCUGGGAAAGAAUGUGGGACCAUGCAAUAAAGAGACAUCCCCAAUGUAACAAUGUUAUCAACAAUAUACGAAAAUCUACAAACAAUCUGCCUAAUGUUCCAAUUCCUGUGUGGACAAUAAAAGCCCAGAUGAGUCUGGAAAAGAAAAUCCCUGCCGUGCAAAAAUACAUUGAGUCUUUUGACUAUAAUUAUACCGGGACACAAUUUUUUGAUAUCAAGAAGAACCGGCCACUUUGUGGAUUGAUGGAAACAGCAAAAGAAAUCAUUCAUGAAUCUCUUCCCAUUAAAUGCUUGGAGGCAGUCAUCUUGGCUGUAUAUUUGACAAAUGGUUUCCGUAAUGUUGAGAGAUUCGCUAUAAGUUUCAACUCACUUUUCCAAGAUGUUACUUAUCGUCAUGUUGUACUUGGAAUUUACUGCAAUGGUUACUAUGGAGCCCUUGGUCUAAGUCGCAGAAAAGAACUCAUGUUCAAACCUUUAGUAUUUCAGAGUUUGUAUGAUCUAAUCAUGAAUUUCCAAGUCUCUUACAAGAAAUAUUGCCACAAAUUGCUGAAAGUAAGAAUUGGACUCCCAAUUAAUCAUAAUCCUUACAGUUAUGAUUAUAUUAUUUGGAGAGCAAUUGUAUUAAAUAUCAUCAAACUGGAUACAGAAGAGACUGAAAAAAGAAUUGAAAAACACUCAAGGGUUAUUCGUAAAUCGAAUCACUUUCUCCCAUCUUUAUAG